CAGCAUUGCGUUUUCAGGUCUCCUAAAGCGCUUACCCAUGAAUGUGGACUCUAUGGACAUGCUGUGGACAUCAGGACAUCAUCCGAGUGAAUACAUCAUGAAGAAAUCCAGAAUUCGCAAAUUCUCAUGACGGCAGAGCACGAGAAUCAUGAGCGAGCGCUUCAGGUUGUCCUAAACCUGAAGCGCCUCGGUCAUGAACCUGGACUCGUGCUCAGUACAUCAGGACAUCAAACGAGUGAAUACAUCAUAAGAAAAUCCAGACAUCGCGAAAUCUCGUGCUCUGCCCGUCACGAGGAUUGCGACUUGCCCGACCAGUUCACAUACUCUGAUGACAGGUUUCAUACGUUGUCUUCUUAAGGGAUCACCGUAUGAAGACAAUUAGGAACCCUGAAAUGGUCAUGGUUCAACGUCCCCUUAAUUGGGCUAUGCUCUAAGUAGCUAAUCUCAAGGUUGACCACCUUGACCCUGGCCAUGAGAAUACGCCAGCCAAUGUAGUCUCGGCUUCUAGCCCAAGCAUCAGGUCGACUCAACACUACUCGGGCAAGUCCACAAGGAUCUUCGUAAUUCACAGGGCAGUGUGUGUCUUAAAGCUUGCUCCUUUUUCCAGCGAAUCAACUCUUCAAUUUCUCAAACUUGCGUAUAAUUUUUGUUACAGGAGUCUCACGAAGAUCCUUGGCGACUUUUCUCAUAAAAGCCCAGCUGAUUCCAUGGGCUCGCCGAGUCCAGGUCAAGGACAAGGGUGCUCGGUGAGGAAGAUUGUGAAAUUUCCACAUGUUUCAUAAAUCUUUUAGACUCGUGAUAUAUGUAAAAACUCUAACCAAAUCUCUAUCUUUCAAAGCGUCCUCUAUGAGUUCUGUCAAUCCCAACAGCAAAAUGGGUUCUGGAAUAUUACAUUUCACUCGAGGUUGAAUUUCGGUAAAUCUUACUGUUAGUCUGGAAUGUACGCACGGAAGUUGCGUCGCAGUUCAGGAAAGGAAUUCAGGUCGAAGGUCGGGCCAACUCGUGAAUUAGUCUCGUGUUGAACCCCACAAAAUUGUUCAAAUAUAUUAAGUGAUCGGUCGCUUUCUCCUUUCUUUUUUCCUGUGGGGAUGAUUGUCUG